ACUGUUGGUGUUGAAGUCAUCAUAAGUAGGAGCGGUUGAACCACCUUAUCUAUACAGUUAGUGCAAAAAUCAUUUUCAGGACAGCUGGUCUGUUAACAUACGUUACUUCAUCCUAUACUUAAUUCACCUUGAGAAGGCGGUGCAAUUGGUUGUUGUCACCUGUGAUGGUCUCAAAAAUUUUUUGGAUAGCAUAGAAAUAUGAUGAUGCAGUUAAAACUGUCUGAUAGUGAUAUAUGCGAAAGGCGGAAGGCGCAACUGAAGGAGUGGUAUGGAUCAGACACAGAUAAGGCAUCCACGAAAAUGCGGGAACCGGAGAAGAUCAAAUUCCCCCUAUCAGUACAGCUUCUUGCUGCGUGCAGUAACAGUGAUUUGGAUGAGUUUUCACGUCUACUGAAACUGGGGACGGACAUUAAUACCCAAAAUGCUGAUGGAUUAACCAGCACGCACUUAGCUUGUAUCAAUGUUGACUUUGAUUUCCUAAAGUUUCUCAUCAGUAGUGGUGCCAAUAUUAAUCUGCAGGAUCAUGAAGGUUGGACUCCUUUGCAUGCAGCUGCGUCUGUGGGCUGUUGCGAACUUGCAAGGUUUCUAAUCGAAAAUGGUGCAGAUCUUUCAGUGUUAAGCAUAGAUCUAGAAUUGCCUAUCGAUGUUGCACAAGACGAUGAAAUGAUCAAACUACUUACAAAUGCAAUGAAAAAACAAGGUGUUGAUGCUGAGGCUAUUAAACAUUCUGAGGAACAGACGCUUUUAAAUGAUGCACAACAUUGGUUAGCUAGUGGUCAUUACAAACCUGUUGUUGAUCCAAGAACUGGUGCUACACCUUUACAUGUUGCAGCUUGUAAAGAUUACACAAAAGCAAUGGAAAUUCUUCUCAAAAUCCCUGGUUUAGAUAUAAAUGCUAAAGAUUUUGAUGGAUGGACUCCAUUGCAUGCAGCUGCACACUGGAAUCGUGAAGCAUCGGCUAGAAUGUUAGCCAAUGCUGGUGCUAGUUUUGAUGAACAUACACGUGCUAGUCAAUCUGUUUUCGAUGUGGCCGAUAAAGAAAUUAUUGUAUUACUUAGGCAACUUCGUGAAAGGCAAAGAGCUGAGAGAUUAUCCAAUCCACCAAAACUGCCAGAGCCAUCUGAAUUGGUAGUAGCGACAAAACGAAGUCAUCCUAGCGAUUUGGAAGAAAGUACGGAUAGUGAAAGCACCGACGAUGAUUCCAUGGUAGAAAUUGAUGAACCAAGUUCUGUCAGUAAAAAGCCGGCUACUGAACAAGGUUUAUCCUCUACUUCAGGUGAUACCAUAUUAUCAUCAACUGGAGGAGUGUUGAAAAGCACACCAAGUAUAAAUGCAUCUUUGAAUGGUGUUACCAAACAAGAAAGGGACAGUGUUAUUAAGUCAGUUGUCAGUCGUUUAUCACCUGAAGCUUCUGGUUUGCAGUCAAUAACACCACCUCCUCAACCUGAAAAUAUUUCACCAGUUCCCAUAGAUGGUGAUGAUUUCCUUUUGAAGAAUGAUACCCAGUUGAAAACAGUUGCAAAAACAACACCAUCAGAAGAACCUCCUGUAAUCACUUGUGCAACAUCUGCAUAUAAAACAGAAACUUCCGAGGAAUCAAGUAAAUUAAAUACAGUCGCGGAAGAUACGUUAACCAAUGGUAAUAAAAAAUUGACAAUGGAACAAGAUAUUUCCAAUAAAGACUGGAAAAAAACAGAAAGAGAUGAAAGAGUGACUUUUAUCGCUCCCUCAUCUCCACCACCAGUCACGAGAAAAGUACCAGUAAGGAAUGUGACUCCUCCGCGUUUCUCUCCACCUUAUAACACUCCCUCAUCUAUACCUAGUAGAACAAUUGAAGCUCCAUCAACAGAAGCUUCACAAAUAAACGAUAAAACACAAAGUGUUACAAAUCACUUGGAUAGCAAUAAUAUUGGUACCGAAGGCAAAUUUAAAACCGGUAUAGUUAGUAUUGUACCAGCUCCAAGAAGUAAGCGUUCUACGGAUGAACAGUCUUCACAAUCCUCUGUACAAACAAGCGAUAAUAAAGAAUCAUCAUCUUCCACCGUUACGACGUCGACAUUAACACCAGGAACAGGAAGAACUAUAACGAAAAUCAUAGCUGUUAAACCUAGGAGGAGUGAUCCACAGAAAAUGAAUAGUAACAAUAAAGAUGUGAAAGAUGCUAUUGUUUCAGUAGAUAACUCUCGUGUCAACACGGAGUCUAGUAGUCCUGUCCCUGAAUAUACAACUAAUCGACGGAUAUCUGUUGUCAUGGCACCUACGAAAUCAGGUGAAACAGAAACUCAGCGCAGUGUUAAAGCAAGAUAUGUUCGAUCGACUAGACGUUCUACACAAGGUGUUUCCUCAGAAGAUGUUGAAGAAGCUAAGAAAUUGGUUGAUAAAAAUAACGUUAUAGUAUCCAGUCAAUCGAUUGAUCCUCCUACCACUGAUAGUUUAUUUUCAUCAUUAUCAAAUAGAACAACACCAAGCGAGACUUCAGUCAACACGAGUAAACCUGUAACAAUUAGUCAUACUCCAUCGAUUGGGCACCGAACAUUUUCAGAUAAUGCUAAUCCUCUUCGUCGGUUCACAGACGCUGAUUUAACAAGUGCACGAUCUACUACUACUACUACAACUACUGGUGGUACUGUUAGUAGCAGUGUUACCAGUGGUUCUGAACGGUUAUCAGCACGUACUGACUAUUCAAAUAUUGGCCGUGAUACAAACAAUCAUGUUUCUUCAACUGGCCGAAAUAUUAUCUCAGGUGAUAUGGAUAUAAAUUCAUCAACACGUGAAGAAAAUUCGCCUGUUCGACGUCAGUCCUUCAACUCAAGUGUACGAUCUCUAGAGCAUAGUCCUACCUCAGAGAGUAAAUCGGCCUAUCAAACAUCUGGAGGAUUUCGCGAACGUCGUCAUAUCCGUGAACGUAACCCACCUGAAAGAAUACUGUCUAGUAAAUCAUUUUCCACUGCCUCAGAUGUAGAACGUCGUAUAUCAGAUCAUAGUAAUUCAUUGUACAGUGGACGAUCCGAGUAUUCACCUUCUGCAUAUUCAAAUUCAAAUAAAUCCUUUAACACUACUGCUGCAACUGCUACUACUAACCAGAAUGAAAAUGAUGUAAAAGGCAUUAUUCAAAGGCCUACAAGCAGAUUCUUGCACCAUCAAAUGCAAUCAGUUGCUUCAAACGUUAAUUCGUCAUAUCCCACUUAUUCAUGGAAUCCAUCAUCACAAAUUUCUACUAACACCACCAAUAAUAAUAACGGCAACAGUACUGUCACUAGUAGCAUAAACAAUACGCGUUCUGCUGUUACUGCUACAGCCAAUAAUCACAGUAACAGUACAGAUUAUUAUUCAUCUAUCACAACGACUCCUCGUGAUCAGGUCUCACAAUGGCAUGAUUCCAAAGAUUAUAAACGCCUCUAUGAAAAAGAAAAAGAAGAAAAAGAAAGGCUUCAACGUGAAUUGGAUAGAUGUAAUCGUCAAAUUAGUCAUUUACGCAGUGAACAACCAGUAUCUCUACGAAAUUCAAAUGAUCAUGGAUACUCAAAUUCAGAUCUACCCAAUAAUAACAGUUAUAGUAAUACUAGUUCACAAAUCCCAGAUAAUGAUAUCGUUCGUUUACGUGAAGAGAUUUCUAGAAUGAAAGAGGAGAAUGGCGCCCUUAUUCGUGUAAUCAGUAAACUUUCAAAACCUUUAUCAUAAUAAAUGCGUUCUCUCUCUCUUUCCCUGUCAUAUGGUUCUACUAGCUUCGUUUAUCGCCUCACCCACCCAUCCUCCUACCACUUAUUUAUCACUGUACGAAUAUUAUCUCUUAUGUUUUGUUCUAUGCAGUCCAUGAUCUUACUUGUGAAUACAAUCUACUAUGUUUUCGUUGUUACUCUCCUUCAUUUUUUAUUAAACGUUCCUGUUAUUGAUACAACAGUAAGAAAAACUCCAUAUUUCGCGUAAUAUCUGAGACACCUUUGUGUUUUUGAGUUGAUGUAUUUAUGCGUGCCUCACCUGUUGUUUAAAACAUUGUGAAGGAGUAUAGUUCAUUUUGUUAAUCAAAAAUGCAUACUCUAUAUGAUAUACAGUCGUGUUGAAAUGAGCAGGCUACUCUUCAGUAUAUUAAUGGAAUACGUUUACUUUCAUAAUUUACUCACCUUCUUCGAUUCAAUCAUAGGAAGAAAUGCAUGUCUAUUUUAGCUGCUCCCUCCACUUGAUAUGUUGUAUGUAGGUGAAGGUGCAACUGGGACCAACUACACUCAUUCGACCCACCUACUAAUGCACCACUUUUUCCUGGUACUAAUCACUUCUGGACAUUAUCAUUACUUACUGGCAGUAUUAAUAUUAUUACUUAAUCCAAGUUACAAGAGAACUGAUGAACCCUUAUGCUCGUAUUGUCGUGCUUGCAUCAAUUACAAUAAUUAGCGGUACUAGCAACAGUUAUCAGCCACUGUAUAUACCAUACAUCGAAGCUUGUGUGUGCGUGUGUGUAUGCGAGUCAGCUAGAAAAGUGUACCACACGUUUCUUCCCUCAAUUAUACACAGUCAGACACAAUGGACUGCAUUCUGAUGUAGAUUAGACCUUUCAAAGUAUUCAUGACGUUUUUGUGUGUCCUAUUAUUACUACCUCUUGUCAACUGAUUGUAUGAGCUUCCUGACUCCUAUUUCGCUUCUUCUUUGAUUUUGACUCAAAAAAUAACUUUCUUGUAUGCCUUGGUUAGGUGCCUAAAGAUAAUAGUUGUUUGUUUCAUACAACCCUUCUUUUUCUUAUUCAAGUGUAUUUGAUAGUCAACCGUUCUGUUCAUUUCUGUGUCCAUUUAUUACCAUUACUAGCAUCAUCAUCAUUAUUACUAUUAAUAUGACUCUUAGAAAGCCUUCUUCAUAUAUAUGCUGCCUUACUUUACUCAUUUGUGUAUUAAAUUUUCUUAUUAUUAUUAUUAUCACCAUAUUUUUGUGCAUUGAAGAAAAGGUAAACAAUAACUAGUGUUAUUGGCUUGUUGUGUUUUCUUUUUGUGU